AUGACUCCUCCUACCAUGCUCCAAAGUGCCCCAGUGGCUGAAUUUCAGGUCCGCAAGCCCGACACCACCAUCAAGAUGUCCUCGGAAGCCGACAACGCCUCCAUCCAGUUCGCUGACUGGGACAACUUCCAGUUCGCACCCAUUCGCGAGAGCACAGUCUCUCGUGCCAUGACAAGACGCUAUUUCGCCGACUUAGACAAGUACACCGAGUCUGACGUGGUCAUAGUGGGUGCUGGCUCUGCAGGGUUGUCUGCAGCGUACGUGUUGGCCAAGAACCGUCCCGAGUUGAAGAUCGCUAUCAUCGAGGCCCUGGUGUCGCCUGGCGGAGGUUGUUGGUUGGGAGGCCAGCUCUUCUCAGCCAUGGUGUUGAGAAAGCCAGCCCACUUGUUCUUGGACGAGUUGGAAAUCGCCUACGAUGACGAGGGUGACUACGUGGUGGUCAAGCAUGCAGCCCUCUUUAUGUCCACCUUGUUGUCGCGGGUGUUGCAGUUCCCCAAUGUCAAGUUGUUCAACGCUACAGCCGUCGAGGACUUAAUCACUCGUCGAGACGAGGUUUCAGGCCAGUUGAGAAUCGCAGGUGUGGUCACUAACUGGACGUUAGUGGCUUUGAACCACGAUACCCAGUCAUGUAUGGACCCCAACACCAUCAACUGUAAUGUGGUUUUGUCCACCACUGGGCACGACGGACCUUUUGGGGCGUUUUCUGCCAAAAGACUCGAGGAGUUAGGUAAGGCCCCCAAGGACGUCACAAGAGGCUUCAGAAACGACCCUUCGCCUGCCCAGCCCACUGCUGACGGCUUCCAGUUGGGAGGAAUGAGAGGACUCGACAUGAAUAAGGCCGAGGACGCCAUUGUCAAGGGCACCAGAGAAGUUGUUCCUGGAUUGGUGAUUGCUGGAAUGGAGUUGGCCGAAGUCGACGGUUCCAACAGAAUGGGACCCACUUUUGGUGCCAUGGCCCUUUCGGGAGUCAAGGCUGCCGAAGCUGUAUUGAAUGCUUUCGACGCCAGAAAGAAGCAGAACGAGACUGGAGGCAUUCCUGAGGCCCCAUUCAUAGAUAAGGUGGAAAAUGUGGUGAAAAAUCCCGAACAGGACUUCGAUAACACCAUCAAGGCGUUCCAGGACCGUUUACAGCAGUACAAGUACAUGGAAGCCUCCAAGAGACAGCAGUUAAACGACUUGAACACCAAAAUCCCGGACAUCGAAAAGAACCUCGACAUCAUCAACUACAUGAAGGAGAAGAAGAACGAUCUUGAAGAGGACGACGACGAGGAAGACAAGACCAUCAUCACCAACUACGAGUUAAACGACACCCUCUACACCAAGGCCACCAUUGAUGUGGAGAACUUGAAUUCGGUAUACUUGUGGUUGGGGGCAGACGUGAUGUUGGAAUAUCCUUUGGAUGAGGCAGUGGAGUUGUUGAACGAGAGAUUGAGAAAGAACACCGAGCAGUUGAAGUUGGUUAAGGAGGACUUGGAGUUCUUGAAGGAGAACAUCACCACCAUGGAGGUCAACACUGCCAGACUCUACAAUUGGGACGUGGAAAGAAGAAAGAAGGCCAACGCCACCCAGAAUUAG